AUAUACGCACGCACGUAAGAAAACAAAGUGUGGGUCGUGUAGAGAGAGAGAGAGAGAGAGAGAGAGAGAGAGCAUCAUCUGCGCCUGGACGUUGGCUGUUCAGACUCUCGGAGGACGCUGCGAUGGAGACACGAUGAAACUGAUGGGCUGUUUUUCGGAGGAAAGUGCCUCUGGAGUGUCGUUAGCUGGCGGCUUUCCGGAGCUUAUCACCACCAGAAGCGUGUAUUUGCGGAACGAGGAGGAGUAUAUUACCAUUUUGUCGAUGCCUGAGGAUUAUGGACCGUUACAAUAACGACCGGCGGUAUUUGGAUAGCUGCCUGUUUCUUCUUCGUCUUCUCUCAGUUCUUCUCUGCAUCUGCCGUUGCUAACACGUUUUUUGUUUGUUUGUUUUUAGCGCAUUUCUCGCAAAAAAUGUUGAAUUUAGCGCUCUGUCGACGUGAGGGAUAUUCGUGGCACGUCAUUCUCCGCUGUCGUUGGACAUAAAGGUGCACCGACCUGCCGUUUCUCAGACACUAUGAGACAAUAUUUUGACAUAACCGUUAUUUUUUCGCGUUCUGCUCUAUUGCGCAUGCCUGGUGGUAGAUAUAGAAUGCUGCCCGACGCCGCUUCGCUCCGUCCUGGUGAUGUAGGAGCAAAAGUGGAGGCAGCGGAGGACUAAAUAUUAUUUUUUAUUUUUUUUAAGAAUGCGUUGGCAAAGUGGCAGCGUGGCAGCGACCAAAGGAUUUGACACUAGAUCCUUCGCGAACUAGAUUGUUGCCAUAAACUGAAGAAUGUCAGGGACACCAAAUGCAGACGCUGAAGGAGUAGUCUCCAAAGUACAAGUGAAAAAGGAGAUCAAGACAAUCGUGGAGAAUCUGGAAACCAUCCUGGGAGACCUCAAGGAUGUAGCCAAAGAGCUCAAAGAGGUUGUUCAUGACAUUGACACCCUGACUUGUGACCUACAACUGGAGGAGGACGGGCUUACAGACAGCUCUAAGACGGACACACUCAACUCCAGCUCAAGCUCUACCACCACCACCACCACUGCUUCCAGCCUGGAGAAAAUGAAGCUCUUCCCUGAUGACUGCUUGUUCAAAACACCUGUGCCCCUCACCCCAGUCCCUUUCAACCCUUCAGCAGUCCUGACUGUACUCAAGAAACCACACCCACCCCUACCACCUCCAAGACUUACCCCACUGAGAGCCGAGGAUCACAACAUUAAGAAUCUGCCUCAUCCGACAUUAGUAUUAUCAGGGAAUAUAUCCAAGGCUAACGGGUCUCUGUUAAGGAAUGGUGGGGUUUUCCCAUUGAAACCAAGCAGGGAUUUAUUCUCCUCCACGCCGUGCUUCAUUUCUAAUGACAGCGGAAUCCCUGAGUCAGGUCUUGUUCCUACAUUGCCCAGGCCCAUGCCACUUCUCCGCCAUGAAAAGAACAAAUGCCCCAAGGCCCCUGGCAGGGAGCCUCGUGAGAGGGAACGUGUCCGUUUCAGUGAAAAGGUCCAGUAUCAUGGCUACUGCCCAGACUGUGACCUCCAGUAUGAUGUAGACGACACAGAACUACACCUGCAGGCUGAGCUGAAUGAUUUGAGGCUCAGCCCAGUGCAUUGCUGCUCUUCCUCCUCCCCACCUCCUCCCCACGUGCUUUCUCACGAGCUGAUGUUGGAAAACGGCGGGCUUUCGGUCAGCCACAGUUUCCCGCCGACAACAAACAGUCCUCCGCCUUGUGUGCCUCCUCACACAUCUUCCCUCAAACCCCAGAAAACAAUCCUACGCAAAUCAACCACUACCACGGUUUGACACCGAAUCCCCUCGUUCUGUCUAACUUAAACAUUCUUGAAUCAUUCAUAGUGUUUUCUACUUUAUGAGCGCUUUCUACUCCAGCUGAACUUUGGAUUAUCCAAACAGAGAGGGGAAAGAUUUGGAAUUAGGAAACAAAAGGAUGGAUGAAGAGAGUGGAAUAGAGAGAAAGGCAUCGCCAUGGGCGCUGAAACAUACACAGAGAAAUCAGGAAGAAGCGGGCCCAUUGAGAUACAAGUGGAAGAGAUGCUCGCUUCAUACGCCGUUCGACCCUGGCUGAUCAGGGAGGGAGGAGCCGAUUCUGGGGCCAAGCAUCAACCUUCUCUACAUGCAGUGUUAAUGGCUCUCAAAUGACAGGAGACAAAUUCACACUUUGACUUUUGAGCACUAAACAACCUUCAGGCAGAGCUGUGCUGGGCAACGUUACUGUCAAAUAGUGCAAACGGGAAGAGCGGGCUCUGUAUGUGAGCGCACACAGAUGAAUUAGUAGUUAUGGAAGUGAUUUUUUUUUGUUCAUAUAAAUGGUUAAGUUAAAGAUUUGAAUACUGCUGACUCUCUAUCAUCGAAACGACAGAGGUGAGUUUAGAUGAAGAGGUACAAGACGAGAGUGAACUGAUGUCAGCCAGUGUUUGAUAGAUGUCUACGCAGACUUUCACUCUGUGCAUACUCAGAUGGAAAUCAAUAGCUCCACUCAACCGAUGGAAUUUGCCUUUUUAGAAUUGUAAUUGUAUCUGGAGAGCCCAACAGGUCCGCCUGUGAGCAAAAAUGCUGCUCUGUUGGACUGUAGAUAAGGAGAAAACAAUAUGUGCCAUGUGCACAAUCACAGUGUAUUUUUGGAGAAACUAAUGUUUUCAAAUGAAUGAUGAUGUGGCCACUGAUUUGUGUCCAGACAUUAUAUUCAUUGUACAUCAAAAUCUGUUUGCUCAACUGGUGCCAUGCAAGCUAUGUCCUUUUUAUUUCUCCACAACAACAUACAGAGAUUCAGUAAAGUGUGGCAUAAAGUUACAGCUUUAAGGAUUAUUGAAGAAGUAAUAAUUUGCAUCAAAUUUUCUUUGUAUACGAAUAUACAUGUUUGAUAUCAAUAUAUUUCAGGCAUUUUUCUACAGAGACUUUAACAUUUAAAGAGAUGAUAUUUUUGAUAUUGUGUUGGAUGACUGAGAGGUAUUUUGACGAAAGCUGACAUUCCCUCGAGGUACAUGUCUUUCAGCAGGGCAGAGCAGGAUGAGUUAUUUAUAUAUACAGGAUAGUGUUUGUAUGGAUGAAAAAACUUCAGCAUUACCACGACAGGAAAAUAUACAGCACGGGCUGCAUUGUGAGAAAGAAAAUGUUAGGUGGUGAAGAAAAGUGGCAUAAACCAAAUACCUAGUUGUGCUUUAUCAGACAGGUGGCAUGGGGCUAAAUGAAUGCAUGACUGACUCUUCACUUUGUCCUGCCAUCACUGUGUUUUUCUAUGCAUUUCUGUGGAGAGGCUGUCUGUUGGUGGAUCCAACAUGCAGGGUGCUCUGCUCUCCAUAAUAUAGAGUUAAGAAGUAAUUCUCUCUCAUUUCCUCAUAUGAUGUCCAACAGGUUAAUCCUACAGUCACUGUAAACCUGAUAAAGUUUCAUGUUGCUUUGACCAAUGAGCCACUGGUAAUAAAAUAAUACUAAAAACAAUUACUUAUAUAGCACUUGUCGAAACCAGAGAAGGACAAAAUCAAAAUAUAAUGAAUAAAAAAAUAAGAAUAUUACUAUAAAUAAGCAAACACAUAUUCAUAGGCCAUUCUAGCCUCUAAAGGGUUCCGAAAUGUUUGCUGGUGAACAACACAACUUCACCUAGACUGAAUUCACAACCAGACUUUGGAUCAAUAAUAAUAAUAACAGUUUUAAAAAUGAGUGGAAUGUCUCAAAAAGCUGUCAGUGAUGCUUUGUUGUGUGUCCACAAACUGUUGGGAAAUAACUUGUGAGAAGUAAACACUUUGCACUUAA